AUGUGGGAAACGCUUGAGAUUAAGUUAAGCACCGCUUCUCCGAGUGCUCUGGCAACACUAGUCCAUCCUCGCUCAGGAAUUACAGAGCACAUUCGAGAGAUUAAAGUACUUGACUCAGGAACACUUGAAUCAGACGAAUCAUCUGAGAUAGAAGAUCGCCUGAAGUCACUGAUAUUAGCGAUUCCACAGGAUCGACUUCGGGCUCUCACGUGCUAUGUCCAUCUCAGCACACCCACGGUACAACUGCUCUUGCAGUCUCAACAGAAGAUUGAGACACUGGAGGUCUCUACUCCCUUCACCAUCUCCGGGCUCCCAGAGCUGCCUGAUUUCGCCUUCGAAGAACACUAUGCAUGGUCAACUUCCUCAUUAUCACAUGUAACGGAAAUGUUGCUUUACAUUGUCCCAAACAGCGUAUCAGAAAAGCGCAUCUUCGAGGCCAUACACUUCCUCUCUAAAAACCAUUCAAAGAUGCAGGAUCUCCUCCUCUAUUCACUAGCCUCGACAAAGACUGGUAUGAUCUCCUUAUGCAGGAUACUUCGUCAUGCAAAAGGGCUUCCACUCUUCGCAAACCUUACAAGCCUACGACUUUUCAACCUAAGGCUUGCGAAAAGAGGAGACCCAGCAAUCUCGAACAGUCUUGAUCUCUCCAAGCUGUCUUGUCUACAGUUGCAAGGGUGCGACGACAUCGUACCCUUCAUAGAGUCACUGUCCUCAUACUAUGCUCGCGGCAUUGGCGAACUGACAUGGCUCUAUAUCAUUCUUCCAGACCAGAUCAAAGAUCCACAAAGUUCAGUCCAGGCCAUAGAAUCACUGCUCAAGGUUUGCUCCAAACUCAUAGAGCUUCAGCUGGAGCUCUCUGGACAUGGCUUCGUUGCCAAAGAAUGCAUCUUGGCACAUUGUCAGAAGCUCCAGUGUCUCUCGAUAGGUACCGGGGGAUCGCAAAGCCGUUAUUUUUCUGUCAUGGAGAUGACGGCUAUAUUAAGGGCUUGUAUUCAUCUAAAGUACUUGGCCAUCAACAUGCCAGUUGUGGAUCUGGGGUCUAUCACAGAGCUCGGGACUGGCUUCCACCCAGAAGGAGAAUUCGCGGAUAUGCUGGCUGCACUCUCCAUAAACCCUACACUCCACGCGUUCCGUAUCCUCAAUCUUCCCACGGUCAAUUAUAACGAAGAUGGCGCAACGGUACCUGGAAAGACACAAGUCUACUUCUGCCAGAUACUCAUGCAGAACUUUGCCAAUAAGAUCUUCCAAUUCAUGGCAAACCGAGGAUCUAAUCUACGAGUUCUCGCCAUCAGGCCUAGCUCAAAAGAUGUUCGAGAUGCUGGGAAGGACUUGGGCAUUGACGCUAAUGGCCACCAAUGGCCCGAUUAUCACUACGCUCGAGGUCGGCUCACGGAAGUCACGGGCAUGAUUGGAGUGGUUGCGCAUCCUUUGAGGAACGUUCUACAGGACUUUCCUGAUUUGGUGUCGUUGUUUAAUUGA